GCGCUGCUGGAAAGGAGCUGCUGCAGGAUGUGGCAUUGUCUCCCGCCGAUGAGCUCGAGGCCUUUCUGAAUUCACCUGCAGGUGCCAUUUUCGGGGGUGACUGCAUAAUUGAACCCUUUUCAGAUGCCGAAGCAUUUUCAGAGGCCGGCGAGAGCAUUGCCGAGGCUGUGGCUGAAGCGUUUGCUGACAAAGGCGAUGAGUGCGAAAACGCAACUGCCAGAGCAGAGGCGCAGGCCUUGGCCGUUUCGGAGGUGGUGGCAAGGGCAGGAGCCAGCACAAGAGUUGAGGUGGAGGGGGAGUGCAAUGACGAUGACGUUGGCAAGGCGGUUGCAGCUGCCGUGGGCCAGUCAGUUGCUCUGGCGGAGGCCUUUGCGGAGGCGAUUGCAAUAGCAAGGUCAAAUGGCACAGAGGUGGCCAACGUUUCGGUCAUGGAAUCAAUCGAGGAAGCAUUUGCAACGGUGAUAGCCGAGUCCACCAUGAUAGUCAGGGGCGGCGAAAACGUGACCGAGGGGGCCUCCGACGAGACAGUCAUCCAAACAGCCAGGGUGGUUGCUGAGGUGAUGGUGGCUGUGUCACAAGAGCUGUUCUGCACAGAAGAUGAGAUUGCAGCCAUGACCUUCUUGCCAGCGCCUGUGCAGGCACCUGCACAAAGCCCGGAAUUGGCACCGAGUCCUGAAUCUGUGCCAGGGCCGCAAUCAGCCACAUCCCUUGAAGAGGAGAUCGAGGAUAUGGCUCCUUCACUGUCAGUGCCUGCGCCAUCACCUGCACAAGGGCCUGCACAGAGCCCACUACCAGUGUCAGCCAUAAUCGAGGAGAUUGAUGCCAUGCCUCCCUCCCUGUUGGCACAGUCUUUGUCACCAGUACAGGGACCUGCUCCGAGUCAGCUGUCAGAAUCAUCACUAGAAGAGGAGAUCGAGGACACUGUUCCCUUGUCACCAGCCCCUGCACCAGGCCCACAGUCAGAGGCAUCAUUGGAUGAGGAGAUAGAUGCCAUGCCUCCUUCGUUGCCGGUGCAGACGCCUGCACCAAGCCCACAAGUUGAGUCAUCCCUGGAAGAGGAGCUUGAAGCCAUGGCUCCAUCACCAUCGGCACCUGCGACCGCACCCAUCAUCCCUCAAUCUGAGGCAUCCCUGGAAGAGGAGCUUGAUGCCAUGGCUCCGUCACCGUCGGUCCCAGCGCCUGCACCAAGCCCACAAUCCGAAUCAUCCUUGGAUGAGGAGAUUGAUGCCUUGUCGCCAUCCCCUCUGUCGUCGCCUGCACCUGCGACCGCACCCAUCAUCCCUCAAUCUGAGGCAUCCCUGGAAGAGGAGCUUGAUGCCAUGGCUCCGUCACCGUCGGUCCCAGCGCCUGCACCAAGCCCACAAUCCGAAUCAUCCUUGGAUGAGGAGAUUGAUGCCUUGUCGCCAUCCCCUCUGUCGUCGCCUGCACCUGCGACCGCACCCAUCAUCCCUCAAUCUGAGGCAUCCCUGGAAGAGGAGCUUGAUGCCAUGGCUCCAUCACCAUCGGUCCCGGCGCCUGCACCAAGCCCACAAUCUGAAUCAUCCUUGGAUGAGGAGAUUGAUGCCUUAUCGCCAUCCCCUCUGCCGUCGCCUGCACCUGCGCCAAGCCAGCAGUCAGACGACUCAUUGCUGGAAGAGGAGAUCGAAGCGAUGCCUCCAUCAGUGCCAGCUCCUGCACCUGCACCAAGCCUGCAAUCAGAAUCAUCCCUGGAAGAAGUUGAUGCCACGGCCCCCUCACCUUCAAUGCAGGAGCCUGCACCAAGUCCGCAAUCCGAGUCAUCCCUAGAUGAGGACAUCGAUGUUGUGGCCGCCUCACCUUCAAUGCAGGAACCUGCACCAAGUCCGCAAUCCGAGUCAUCCCUAGAUGAGGACAUCGAUGUUGUGGCCGCCUCAGUGCCAGCACGGGCACCUGCACCAAGCCCACAAACAGAAUCAUCCCCAGACGAAGACAUUGAUGCCAUGCCUCCCUCAGUGCCAGCACAGGCGCCUGCACCAAGCCCGCAGUCAGAUUCAUCCCUAGAUGAGGAUGUUGAUGCCAUGCCGUCCUCGGUGCCCGCCCCGGCUCCAUCAUCAGCACAAGGGCCUGCCCAGACCGCGCGAUCAGCACCCUCUCCACAAUCAACAUCAUCUCCUCGAUCUGCGCUGUCCCCGGGAAUGGCCCCAGGCCUGAAGUCGCCAGGUCCUAUAGAUCAGGCAGAGCCGACUUCGGUGCCCAGGCCCGCGCCAGCACCUGGGGCGGGGCCCACGGCAGGAACGGUGGCGGAGGACGGGGUCACAACGCCACAAGAUAGCGGCAGCGGCCAGCUGCGAGCCAUGCUGCACGCCCUGUGGUCUCCACUACUGGCGUACUGCGUGAUUGCCGCCCUGAUGUGA